GGUGACCUUGCGACGCGCGCCUGGCGCGCUGGUCGCUUCUGCGUCAGCGGCUGUCGCUGCGGCUGCGUGGCGGGUUGUCCAGGUAACCACGGGAGUUGUCGCUGUCUGUCCGCAUCUGAGAGGCAGGUGUUCGUCAUGCAGUUGAAGCACCUGAGGACCCUGCUGAGCCCUCAGGAUGGAGCUGCAAAGGUCACCUGCAUGGCAUGGUCCCACAACAAUGCCAGAUUUGCUGUCUGCACAGUGGACCGAGUGGUGUUGCUGUAUGAUGAACACGGGGAGCGGAGGGAUAAAUUCUCCACCAAACCAGCCGACAUGAAGUAUGGCAGGAAGAGCUAUAUGGUGAAGGGCAUGGCUUUUUCUCCCGAUUCAACUAAGAUCGCCAUAGGACAGACCGACAACAUCAUCUAUGUCUACAAGAUUGGAGAAGAUUGGGGUGACAAGAAAGUCAUCUGUAACAAGUUCAUCCAGACGAGUGCUGUUACUUGUCUGCAGUGGCCAGCAGAAUUUAUCAUUGUCUUUGGACUGGCCGAAGGGAAGGUGCGUUUAGCAAACACCAAGACAAAUAAAUCAUCUACCAUCUACGGGACCGAUUCUUAUGUGGUGUCACUGACAACCAAUUGCUCUGGGAAAGGAAUUCUCUCUGGUCAUGCAGAUGGCACCAUUGUUAGGUAUUUCUUUGAUGAUGAAGGCUCAGGAGAAUCACAGGGGAAGUUGGUGAGCCACCCGUGCCCACCCUAUGCCUUGGCCUGGGCCACCAAUAGCAUUGUGGCUGCAGGCUGUGAUCGGAAGAUCGUGGCCUAUGGGAGAGAAGGCCACGUGCUGCAGACCUUUGACUAUAGCCGUGACCCUCAGGAGCGGGAGUUCACCACAGCCGCCGCCAGUCCUGGGGGCCAGUCGGUUGUGCUGGGAAGUUAUGACAGACUUCGGGUGCUCAACUGGAGUCCUCGGAGAAGCAUCUGGGAAGAGGCAAAGCCCAAGGAGAUUGCCAACUUAUACACGGUCACUGCCUUGGCCUGGAAGCGGGACGGCUCACGACUCUGCGCGGGCACACUCUGCGGUGGCGUGGAACAGUUUGACUGCUGCCUCCGAAGGAGCAUUUACAAGAAUAAGUUUGAGUUGACAUAUGUGGGACCCAGCCAGGUGAUUGUGAAGAACCUCUCCUCGGGGACCCGGGUGGUGCUCAAGUCGCACUAUGGCUACGAAGUGGAAGAGGUGAAAAUCCUGGGAAAGGAACGUUACCUGGUGGCCCACACAUCAGAUACACUGCUGCUGGGAGACCUGGCCACGAAUCGCCUCAGUGAGGUAGCCUGGCAGGGAUCUGGUGGCAAUGAGAAGUAUUUCUUUGAAAAUGAAAAUGUGUGCAUGAUCUUCAACGCGGGAGAGCUGACCCUGGUGGAGUACGGGAGUAACGAUGCCCUGGGUUCUGUACGUACGGAGUUCAUGAACCCCCAUCUCAUCAGUGUCCGCAUUAAUGAGAGGCGUCAGCGAGGAAUGGAAGAUAAUAAGAAACUGGCUUAUCUUGUUGAUAUUAAGACUAUUGCUAUAGUGGAUCUGAUUGGUGGCUACAACAUUGGCACCAUCAGCCAUGAGAGCCGUGUGGAUUGGCUGGAGCUUAAUGAGACUGGACACAAGCUUCUCUUCAGGGACCGGAAACUUCGUCUGCACCUGUACGAUAUUGAAAGCUGCUCUAAGACGAUGAUCCUCAACUUCUGCUCCUACGUGCAGUGGGUCCCGGGAAGCGAUGUGCUGGUAGCUCAGAACCGCAACAGCUUGUGUGUGUGGUACAACAUUGAGGCGCCUGAGCGGGUCACCAUGUCCUCCAUCAGGGGGGACGUCGUCGGUCUGGAGCGGGGCGGGGGAAAGACCGAGGUGAUGGUGACCGAAGGUGUGACGACCGUUGCCUACACGCUGGACGAGGGCCUCGUUGAGUUUGGCACAGCUGUGGACGAUGGCGACUACACGCGGGCGACGGCCUUCUUGGAGACUCUGGAGAUGACCCCGGAAACAGAGGCGAUGUGGAAAACCUUGAGUAAGCUGUCGCUCGAAGCAAAGCAGCUACACAUUGCUGAGAGGUGCUUUUCUGCUUUGGGCCAUGUAGCAAAAGCUCGAUUUCUACGUGAGACCAAUGAGAUUGCAGACCAAGUGUCUCAGGAAUAUGGUGGAGAAGGAACAGACUUUUAUCAGGUCCGAGCACGUCUAGCCAUGCUGGAGAAAAACUACAAGCUGGCUGAGAUGAUCUUCUUGGAACAGAACGCUGUCGAGGAGGCCAUGGCCAUGUACCAGGAGCUACAUCGCUGGGAUGAGUGUAUUGCUGUGGCCGAGGCCAAGGGGCACCCAGCCCUAGAGAACCUGCGCCGGGGCUACUACCAGUGGCUGAUGGACACUCAGCAAGAGGAGCGAGCAGGUGAACUUCAGGAGAGCCAAGGGGAUGGGCUAGCGGCCAUCAGCCUCUACCUCAAAGCCGGGCUGCCUGCCAAGGCUGCUCGGCUGGUGCUGACCCGAGAGGAACUGCUGGCCAACACGGACCUGGUGGAGCGCAUCACCGCAGCCCUCAUCAAGGGCGAACUGUAUGAAAGGGCAGGCGAUCUCUUUGAGAAGAUUCGAAACCCACAGCAGGCCCUCGAGUGCUACUGUAAAGGCAACGCAUUCAUGAAAGCGGUGGAGCUGGCCCGAUCGGCCUUCCCCGUGGAGGUGGUGAGACUGGAGGAGGCGUGGGGGGACCACUUGGUGCAGCAGAAGCAGCUUGAUGCGGCCAUCAACCACUACAUUGAAGCCAGGUGCUCCAUCAAGGCCAUUGAGGCCGCCCUGGGCGCCCGCCAGUGGAAGAAGGCCAUUUAUAUUUUAGAUCUGCAGGAUCGGACCAUUGCGGCCAAAUACUAUCCUCGUGUGGCGCAACACUACGCUUCUCUGCAGGAGUAUGAGAUUGCCGAGGAGCUUUACACGAAGGGAGACCGGACCAAAGACGCCAUCGACAUGUACACCCAGGCUGGCCGCUGGGAGCAAGCUCACAAGCUGGCGAUGAAGUGCAUGAGACCAGAAGACGUGUCGGCGCUGUACAUCACCCAGGCCCAGGAGAUGGAGAAGCAGGGCAAGUACCGAGAGGCUGAAAGGCUGUAUGUGACAGUGGAAGAGCCGGAUCUUGCCAUCACCAUGUUCAAAAAGCACAAGUUGUAUGAUGAUAUGAUCCGCCUCGUAGGGAAGCAUCACCCAGAUCUCCUGAGUGACACGCACCUGCACCUGGGCAAGGAGCUGGAGGCCGAAGGCCGACUUCAGGAGGCCGAGUAUCACUACCUCGAGGCCAAGGAAUGGAAGGCCACGGUGAACAUGUACCGGUCCAGUGGGCUUUGGGAAGAGGCCUACCGGGUGGCCAAGGCUCACGGAGGCGCAAAUGCCCACAAACACGUGGCCUAUCUAUGGGCGAAGAGCCUGGGAGGAGAGGCUGCAGUUAGGCUGCUCAAUAAGCUGGGACUCCUGGAAGCUGCUAUUGACCACGCUGCCGACAACUGCUCCUUUGAAUUCGCUUUUGAACUCUCUCGGCUGGCCCUCAAGCACAAAACCCCGGAGAUUCAUCUCAGAUACGCUAUGUACCUGGAGGACGAGGGGAAAUUUGAAGAGGCAGAAGCUGAGUUCAUCAGGGCCGGUAAACCCAAGGAAGCAGUCCUCAUGUUUGUCCAUAACCAGGACUGGGAGGCAGCUCAGCGCGUGGCCGAGGCUCACGACCCGGAGAGCGUCGCCGAGGUGCUCGUGGGGCAGGCCCGGGGGGCCUUGGAGGAGAAGGACUUCCAGAAAGCGGAAGGGCUGCUGCUUCGGGCCCAGAGGCCGGACCUGGCCCUCACCUUCUACAAGGAGGCUGGGUUGUGGAGCGAUGCCCUGCGGAUCUGCAAGGACUACGUGCCUGGCCAGCUGGAGGCUCUGCAGGAAGAAUAUGAGCGGGAAGCUACUAAGAAGGGGGCCAGGGGCAUGGAGGGGCUGGUGGAACAAGCACGGCAGUGGGAGCAGGCCGGAGAGUUCAGCCGCGCGGUCUACUGCUACCUCAAGGUGCGGGAUGCGGGAAGCAGUGGCCUGGUGGAGAAGUGCUGGAUGAAGGCAGCCGAACUCUCCAUCAAGUUUCUGCCUCCCCAGCGCGCCCUGGAGGUAGUGCGGGCCGUGGGGCCCCAGCUGGUUGGAAUCGGCAAGCACAGUGCAGCUGCAGAGCUCUAUCUGAACCUGGACCUCGUCAAGGAAGCAAUCGACGCGUUCAUGGAGGGUGAGGAGUGGAACAAGGCCAAGCAUGUGGCCAAGGAGUUAGAUCCCCGGUAUGAAGACUAUGUGGACCAGCAUUAUAAGGACUUCCUCAAGAACCAGGGCAAGGUGGACUCGCUGGUGGGUGUGGAUGUGGUGGCUGCUCUGGACCUAUACGUGGAGCAGGGACAGUGGGACAAGUGCAUCGAAACAGCUACUAAGCAGAACUACAAGAUUCUGCACAAGUACGUGGCUUUGUAUGCGACGCACCUGAUCCGAGAGGGUGGCUACGCCCAGGCGCUGGCCCUGUAUGUGCAACACGGAGCCCCUGCUAACCCACAGAACUUCAACAUCUACAAAAGGAUCUUCACUGACAUGGUGAGCUCCCCUGGGACCAACAGUGCUGAGGCCUAUCACAGCUGGGCUGACCUUCGGGAUGUGCUCUUCAACCUGUGUGAAAACCUGGCGAAGUCCAGCGAGGCGAACUCUCCAGCGCACGAGGAGUUCGAGACCAUGCUGCUGAUCGCCCAUUAUUACGCCACUCGCGCCGCAGCCCAGAGCGUCAAACAGCUGGUGAGCUGGAGCGGGGAGCACCCAGUCCUGCAGACACGGCUGCAGCUGGAUGAAGGGGAACGUGGUCAGGAAACUGUGGCUGCCAAGCUUUCUGUUUCACUGCUGCGUCACACCCAGCUUCUCCCUGCAGACAAAGCCUUCUACGAAGCAGGCAUUGCUGCCAAGGCAGUCGGCUGGGAGAACAUGGCCUUCAUCUUCCUCAACCGCUUUUUGGAUUUGACCGAUGCCAUCGAAGAAGGGACCCUGGAUGCCAUCGACCACUCUGACUUUCAGGAUACAGACAUUCCCUAUGAGGUGCCACUCCCAGCCAAGCAGCACAUCCCGGAGGCUCAGCGAGAAGAGGUUCGAGACUGGGUGCUCACAGUCUCGAUGGACCAGCGGCUGGAGCAGGUUCUGCCUCGAGAUGAGCGGGGCGUCUACGAGGCUUCCCUGGUGGCAGCCAGCACCGGAGUUCGGGCACUGCCGUGCCUCGUUACAGGAUACCCCAUUCUGAGGAACAAAAUUGAAUUUAAGCGGCCAGGGAAGGCAGCCAACAAGGACAACUGGAAUAAGUUCCUUAUGGCCAUCAAGACAUCCCACAGCCCUGUGUGCCAAGACGUGUUGAAGUUCAUCAGUCAGUGGUGCGGGGGGCUGCCCAGCACCAGCUUCUCCUUCCAGUAGCUGGUGGCGUUGAUGGGUCCCAUCCCUCAUUAAAGUUUGGCAAGUAACUGAGA